CUGAAAGCGUCACGUUCGAAUGUCACACGAGUUAUUGUCAAACCUCAGUUGCAAUGAGGUUUGCUAACUUGUUUGGCCUCGCGAUUAUCAACUUGUUUUGGAUAGACUUUCACUAUGCAUAUCUUUCCACUUCCAAAAACAGCAACCCCACCAAUUUUAGGCGUUGGCUAAACCUCCUAAAUAUGGAUAUGUCUAGUAGUGACAAAAAGUUGCUUGCUAACUCGGUUUAUGACAUGUUUAGUUUCGCAUAUGAUAGCUACUUAAAGUAUGGGUUCCCUUAUGAUGAACUAAACCCGAUUGACUGCGUUGGCCGUGGUUAUGAUCACGAAAAUCCUGAUAAUAUAAAUGUGAACGAUGCUCUUGGUGACUAUCUACUCACACUUAUAGACUCUCUUGAUACGUUAGCAAUCAUGGGAAAAACCGAAGAUUUUAGAAAUGCAGUUAGUUUAGUCAUCAAGCACCUUUCGUUUAAUCAAAAGACAAGGGUUCAAAUUUUCGAAGCAACUAUUAGAGUCCUAGGAGGUCUUUUAUCAGCACAUAUAAUAAUUACAGACCCAACCGAGUUAUUUGGCCAUCUGCGACCACCGGGAUAUGAUGAUGAAUUACUGAACCAUGCACAUAAUCUAGCGAACCGGAUGCUGAACGCUCUUUACGACACACCAACUGGGAUACCCUACCCUAGAUUUCAUCUAGAUUCUGGUCUGAAAGAUAAUACAACAACUGAAAACUGCCUCGCUGGUGCUGGCUCCUUAUUAUUAGAAUUCGGUUCCUUAAGUGCAUUACUCAAUGAUUCUAGUUACGCUUCGAUAGCUCGCGGCAUUGUUUUAAAUCUAUGGAAAAAGCGAUCAAGUGUUUCUGGUCUUUUCGGCUCAACAAUCGAUGUGGAUUCAGGUGAAUGGAUAAAUCGAAUGAGUGGUCUCGGUGCUGGACAAGAUUCAUUUUUUGAAUAUUUACAUAAAGCAUAUAUUCUAUUUGGUGAUAAUCAAUUAGGACAAAUGUUCAACGAAGCAUUAAGUAGUAUUCAGUAUCAUUUACGUACUGGUCGACCUCAAUGUUUAUCUGGUAGUGGUUCACCACCAAUCUAUUGGAAUGUUGAUAUGUCUUCUGGUAAUAAAGUUAAUCAUUGGAUAGAUACGUUACAGUCAGCCUGGUCUGGUGUAUUAGUUCUUCAUGGUGAUCUUAAUGAAGCAAUUUGUCAUCAUGCUGUACAUUAUUUCAUUUGGAAAAUUUAUGGUUUACCUCCAGAACGUUAUAAUAUUAUGACUGAGAAACCCGAACUUUACUUCUAUCCACUUCGUCCGGAAUUCGCUGAAUCGACAUACCUUUUAUAUAGAGCGACGAAACAUCCUUUUUAUUUACAUGUGGGCAAAGAUAUUAUGGAUGGUAUCAAUAAAUAUACUAAGGCCGAAUGUGGAUUUGCAACUAUUCAUAAUGUAAUUGAUAAAUCUAAAGAAGAUCGUAUGGAAAGCUUUUUUCUAAGUGAAACAUUGAAGUACUUAUAUUUGUUAUUCGAUGAAUCGAAUCCUGUCAAUGUGAAUGAAUAUGAUUAUGUAUUCAGUACUCAAGCACAUUUAUUUCCAAUUAAACGAAUUCAAAAUCUAGUGAAAAAUCUUCAUAUGAAUCCAUUUUCCUUCCUCAACAACUCUCAGGGUUAUGAAUUUGUGAAAAACAGCUCUUGUCCCAAUAUUAAAUUGACCUCUUCUCAAUAUCCAAUGAAUGAUGAUCUUUGGAAAGCAACAGGUAUUUAUGUUAAUGCAAAAUUUGCUUCUUUACCCCUAUAUAAACUGUGAUCUUUAGAUGUAUUCUUUUCUAAUAAUCAUUAUUUUUUGUUGCUGUUGUUAUUAUUGAUUUACUAGUGUAUUUUUAACCUUUUCUUUUUACUGGAGAAAGUAAAUUACUACAAUUUUCUAUUGUUACAUCAUUACCAUUUGUCCUUAAUACUACUACUACUACUACUA